AUGACUGGCCGUGGCAAGGGUGGAAAGGGUCUUGGAAAGGGUGGCGCCAAGCGUCAUCGCAAGAUCUUGCGCGACAACAUCCAGGGUAUCACCAAGCCCGCUAUCCGCCGUCUCGCUCGCCGUGGUGGUGUCAAGCGUAUCUCCGCCAUGAUCUACGAGGAGACCCGCGGUGUCCUCAAGACCUUCCUCGAGGGUGUCAUCCGUGAUGCCGUCACAUACACUGAGCACGCCAAGCGAAAGACCGUCACAUCUCUCGAUGUUGUCUACGCUCUUAAGCGUCAAGGCCGCACCCUUUACGGUUUCGGUGGUUAA